AUAACUACUUUAUUCAGAAAGGAUGUACAAAAGUGUUUUUGAACUUUUUAUUCAACAAAAAUCCCGUAUUUUCAUUAAAAAUAUUACAUUUUAGUACUUCACUUCUUUUAAUGAAGGAUUUUCCUCAGCAAAGCUGUGCGUUGCCCUCCCACGUGACCGUAUCUUAGCAACGGUAAGCGUGGGUAACGAGAGUGAAUAGGUAAAGAAAAACUAGACGUUCGCAUUGGCAACAAGCAGUAUUGCGUUCGUGUUCGUGUAUUAUUCAACUCAAAGGUUUUUUUAAACAACCCUUUGGCAUAGAUAAUGUUUUCGACUGCACAGAGACUAAAUUAGCCUGUCUAACCACCACGCGGAGAAGUUCUGUUCUGGUGUUUGCAUCUGUAAUAUCGUGAAUCUGGUUGUGGCCGGGACAAAUUCUCCAGCUUUUCCUCUAGCAAGUCACACAGAAUAAUGUCAACGACAAACGGGACAUCUACUGCAUCAGACAGGGCAGAUGCGGAAACUGAAGACGCAGGUGAGCAGAUAAACACAGAAGAUAAUCAGAUAGAGAAAGAAGUACACGAUGAAGAUGAAGAUGGAAGAAAUGAACUAACGUUAUACAGUCUGCAAGAGGAUACUGCAGGUUCCCAAGUUUACACAGCCACAUCACUGUCUGUCAUUCCCAAGGAGUCCAGAACCAAAACUCACCCACUGGUCCUUGAUUGGGCUUACGGGAUGAACCAAACUCUACCUGUUCUCAGUCUGCAGGAUGAAGACAGACUUGUCAUCUUGUACAUUUGUGCCCAUGUUGCUGUCAUGUAUGAUCACACAUCCAAUGCUCAGCAUCUUUUACAAGGCCACUGCAGUCCAAUCACAUGUUUGUGUGCUAGUGAGGACAGACGCUGGCUUGUGACAGCAGACAUGGGCCAGGAGAGUCUGGUUAUCAUAUGGGAUGCUUAUACUGGGAUUCCUGUGCGGACAUUGUUUGACUGUCAUCCAGAGGGUGGAGUUUGUACCAUGGCCCUAUCAAAGGAUUCAAAAUACCUGGUGACUGUUGGAGCUGGAGCAGUACAGCGAGUGUGUAUUUGGAACUGGACAGAAGAAAGUGAAAGCCCAGAAUGUCAAGUUGACCUCAGCCCAAAAUAUGGUUUCCAGAAUCAACUACUUUUUAAUCCCUUUGACAACACACAGUUGGUCAGCAACAGCAGCACUCAAAUUCUCUUCUACAACUGGGAAAGGGGACAUCUGGAAUACUCAGCUCCCGAAAUUACUGACAAGACCUUCAAUAUGGUGCUAGGUUCCCUGAGCCAGUCCAUCUUCUACUAUGAUGCUGUGCUGGCUUUUACAGCCACCUCAGCUGGGAAUAUAGUUCUCUGGGACAAGCAAACUCAAUCUCGUCAACCAGUAGUGAGGAAAGCCGUAAAACUUGUGCCUCUCCAGAAGGAAGCAAUCACUGUACUGACUUUGAUUGACAGUUUUAUAAUAACAGGCGAUGUGAAUGGCCACAUCAAAUUCUAUGAUGGAAAUCUCAAGCUCAUCAACGUGUACAAUGAGUUUAGUUUGGAUCCUAUCAGAUCCAUCUCCUUUUCCAAAGAAAAGCCGUCCAUUAGCGACCCAGGAUAUUCAAAAGACUGCACACUGGAUGCCAAGCCAUUUGUCAUAAGAAAUUUUGUUGUCUCCACAACUAAUGCAACUGCAGUACAUGUAAAUGCACAGAGAAAUGUUUCACAGACCCUUCUAAAGGAACAUUCAGAACCUCUAGGAGCAGUUGCCUGCCAUCCUAAACAGUCACUAGUAGCUAUGGGCAGCCACAGUGGCACCAUUAAGGUUUGGGAUUAUGAGCAUAAAGAAGCAGUCUGCAGCAGGGUUUUCCAGCCCCACAAACAGAUCCAGUGUAUUACCUAUGAUCCACAAGGUUUUUACCUGGCAGUGGGCUUUGCCAGUGGGGCUUUCCAGAUUGUUGAUGCCUGUACACUUCAGAGUGAUGGUAAAGAGUGUUUCCACUACAGUCAGGACAGCAUUACCCAUCUAACUUUUUCUCAGGACUCACGCUACCUGGCUGCCGCAGACACUGGAAAAGCUGUGACGUUGCUCCUUCGAUGUAAAGAGGGGACCCAGGAGGUUUGGAAAUACCAGGGCAGGCACCACUCGCAUUAUAAACCCAUUCAGGACCUGCUGUUUGGAGUGGAUUUAGACAGCAGUCAGCCUCGCCUCCUCUCUCUUGGCAUGGAUCGCUGGCUGGUGGAGUAUGAUCUGCAGAAUAGUGGUGAAGAUGGGUUGUUGAUUUUGAGUUCUGAACGUAUCGAACAGAGUGCUGUGCCCACCUGCAUGGUGUGGUAUCCUCCUUUGACACCUGAACACUUCCUCCUUACAGCUUCCAACUUGUAUAAGAUGAAGCUCUUCAAUGCUACCUCCAAAAUGUGCAGAAAAACAGUCUUCGGGCCCUCUUAUGGUUCUCCAGUGAAAAAGAUGGCCAUCCUACCUGCAUCUAAGGAUGGUGACCCUAAUUCUCAUUACAUGGCAUAUAUAACACAAGAUAAGGUUGGCAUUCAGAUUUUGCCUCUGGAUGGAAACCCUCACAAGUCCUUUGCAAUGAUCUGUCACUCAACAGGCGUCUCAACUCUGGCUUGCUCGUAUGAUGGUAGAUAUGCUUUUACUGCUGGAGGACAAGACUGCACCGUCUUCUCAUGGGAGCUCAAUUUGUCAUCAUUGGAGGCAUCAGCAGCUCUAGGAGGGAAAGACAUGGUGCCCUUCUACAAUCUUCUGGAAGGAGGGAGAGAUGGACACCUCUUCAGGGAAAUGGAGGAAUAUUUUUACUACUGUCAACUACAAAAUCAGGACCUUGACACCAUGGAAACACGGCUUGUGUCCACACGCAUAUCUUUAGCUGAUGUGCCCUUUUUAAUGAGAGCGCUUGGCUUCUAUCCAACAGAGCAAGAGCUGGAAGACAUGCAAAAUGAGGUGAAGUUCAGCCGCUAUGCUGAAACCAGAAAUUACGUGACGGACAUUGAUUUGGAGGAGUUCAUUAAGCUGUAUGUCAACCACAGACCUGCCUCUGGCAUUGCCAGACAGGAUCUGUGCAAUGCCUUCCAGGUGCUUGGAAAGCCAGACGAAAGGGGUAGAUAUACAAUUAACAGAAACGAACUGCUGGAGUUACUGCAGGCUAGAGGUGAACAUAUGACUGAGGAUGACUUGGCUGAAUGCUUUACAACUCUUGUAGGUAUUAGUGGAGAGGGAGCCAGUUGCACAGAGUCUCUAUUUGAGAGCGUGCUGCCUCCUGAAAUCAGCAUGGAGACAUUUGCCUUAGAUAUCUUGGGGUUGUCUGAAGCCACCCAGGAACUUCCUCAAGAACAUGGGCACGAUGAUGAUCUGUAACAUCUGAAACUUUUUGAAACAAAUAUUUCUUUUAUUGCAUUACAUUAUUCUUGUGGUUACUAAGGCUGUUCCUUCGGUGUAUUUUCAUAUUUUCUUGUUUUUACUUUUCUGGAACGCAGAUUGAGAUAAAAUCAUACGGAAAUAAACGUUGUUGUUUGACGACA